CAUGCCUGACCGGUGCGAGAGCUGGACCUGGCCAAAGGUGGGCCGGGGUUGAAAGAAGCGGCCUGCAUGACCCGCCGGGACCCCACCCCAUCGCCUGGAAGAGCCCACUCUCCCUGGAAGGAAGACCAUCCCUGAAGAGGAUGAGUGAGACGUUAUGGGCCACGCACUGUGUGUCUGCUCCCGGGGAACUGUCAUCAUUGACAAUAAGCGUUACCUCUUCGUCCAGAAAUUGGGGGAGGGGGACCUGAAGCCCACCAAUAUUUUGCUUGAUGAUGAGGGGCAGCCAGUUUUAAUGGACUUGGGUUCUAUGAAUCAAGCAUGCAUUCAAGUGGAGGGCUCUCGCCAGGCACUAGCUCUUCAGGACUGGGCAGCUCAGAGGUGCAGCAUCUCCUAUCGGGCACCUGAACUUUUUUCUGUGCAAAGCCACUGUGUCAUCGAUGAGCGGACUGAUGUCUGGUCCCUAGGCUGUGUGCUUUAUGCCAUGAUGUUUGGGGAAGGCCCUUACGAUAUGGUGUUCCAGAAGGGUGACAGUGUGGCCCUUGCUGUGCAGAAUGAACUCAGCAUUCCACAAAGCCCCAGGCAUUCUUCAGCAUUGCGACAGCUAUUGUCUUCUAUGAUGACUGUGGACCCCNAGAAGCGGCCUCACAUCCCUGUCCUCCUCAGUCAGUUGGAGGCAUUGCAGCCACCAGCUCCUGGCCAGCACACCACCCAAAUCUGAUCAAAUCAGUGGACAUAUUAUUGGGAAGAUGACCUUGAAGUGGCUCUCAUCCCUCAUUGGAACUCCNUCCAUUCUUCCAGGAUGGCUCUCACAGCUAGUGGCAAGGAUGGUGGGUCCUUGUAUAUUNUACUUUCUUACCCCAAUACCUGGGCAAGGAACCUAGGGUGAGUUGGGGGAAAAUGAAACAGAAAAUAUGGCUCAAAGCUGGGCUGCUGGGUGCACAGCUUGUUCUGUUUCCAGAUCUGGGAGCAGGAGAAUACAUAAAAAGGAGAAUAAAGUGAAAACAGACUGUG